CUGCAUUUCUCUGUAUCUUUUAACAAAAUGAAACAACAAAUUUCUUCAUUUACAAUAUGAUAUCAUAAUAUAUGAAACAACAUUAACAUCAUAAUAUAUGAAACUUUAAUCAUGAGCAAAGAGAAGGCAUUGAGAGCCAAUGUAGUUUGCACAUCAUUCAAUCAGAUCAAUUCGAAAGGUUUUUACAUCGGAGAUGAUCCUCUUGAUUAUGCUGUUCCUUCUCUGUUAUUGCAGCUAUCUCUCAUCUCCAUUUUCACUCGUAUUCUCCAAUCACUUCUUAAGCCUCUUGGACAACCCCUCAUUGUUUCUCAGAUUCUUGGUGGAGUGAUACUCGGUCCAUCGGCCAUUGGGAAAAAUGGAGAACUUUCAUCUAAAGUUUUUCCUACUAAAGGCAGAUCAGUACUGGAUACACUAUCGGUUUUCGGUUUCAUGCUUUUCAUUUUUCAGAUUGGAGUCAAGAUAGAUCUCAGUAUAGUUUUAAAAUCUAGUAAAAAAGCUUUAGCUGUAGGAAUUUUGGUUUUUUUUGUUCCGUUUGGACUCGCCAGCUUCACUGUGUUUCUUCUUGAAAAGUUCGUAUCUUUGGAUCCAGAACUCAUCAUGCUACUUUCAAGGGUAGUAAUUCUUCAAUCUAUGACAGCUUAUCCUGGCAUUGCUUGCUUUCUUGAUGAACUGAAGAUUCUUAACUCGGAAAUGGGACGAUUAGCUUCUUCAUCUUCGAUUAUAUGUGAUAUUUGUCACUGGACUAUUUUAAGUCUAAAGUAUGCUCUAGGGUUAGCUAAGGCAAAAUCAGCGAGAGUAACGCUGGGAUCAUUGGGGUCUAUUGGUCUUUAUAUCAUUGUUAUCGCGUUUGGAAUCCGACCAGCAAUUAUGUGGGCAAUCAGGCAAACUCCAGAGGGGAAACCUAUCAAAAAUGUCUAUGUUCUUAUUGUCCUUGUUCUGCUAUUAUGGUGUGGUUUCACUGGUGAAGUGAUUGGCCUUAGUUCUAUUGUGGCUUGUUUUCUUUUUGGACUGUUUGUACCAGACGGACCGCCAUUAGGUGCUGCAAUAGUUGAAAGACUCGAUUGCUUUGUGUCCGUAUUGCUUAUGCCCCCGUUUUUCACCAUUUGUGGAUUGCAAAUGAAUGUUUUUUCGAUAGUGAGGCUGAAAUAUUUAGGAGUGCUGCAGUUGGUUGUGUUAGUUGCUUUUAUCGGAAAGACCGUUGGAACAAUAUUGCCCCUUCUUUUAUGGAGAGUACCACUACGCGACGCCUUCUCUCUUGCUUUGAUCAUGAACUCCAAAGGCAUUAUGGAACUCGCUUUCUUGAAUGACUUCAAAAAGAACAAAGACAUGUCUGAAGAAAACUAUACAAUCAUGUUAAUCUCAGUGGUUGUUAUAACAGGAGUUGUAUCACCUCUUGUUAAGGUUCUAUAUGACCCUUCAAGUAAGUACAUUGCCUACAAGAGGAGGACAAUAAUGCAUAGCAGAGAAAAAGAUGAAUUUCGUAUACUUGCUUGUAUACACAGCCAAGAAAAUGUUCGCGCAGUCAUCAGUUUACUUCAAGUCUCGAAUCCUACAAAAGAAAGUUGUAUUAAUCUAGUAGUUCUUCAUCUUACUAAGCUAACGGGCCGUGCCUCCUCAGUUCUCAUAGCCCAUCAAAAGCGUGACAGGCCAUCAACAAAUCCAACACAAUCUGAAAGAAUCUUCAAUAUUUUCGAAAAACUUGAGCAACAAAACAGUGACCUCAUUAUGGUACAUUGCUACAAAGGAGUCUCACCAUAUGUAACAAUGCACAAUGAUGUUUGUUCCCUUGCUUUAGAAAAGAGAACAACUCUUAUCAUUGUCCCUUUUCACAAGCAUUGGAUGUGUGAGAAAAGAAUCGAAACAUCCUAUGCAUAUCGACAUCUAAACAAGAAUGUACUUGAGAAAUCUCCUUGUUCAGUCGGGAUACUGAUUGAUCGAUGCAAAAAAAAAUCUCGUUAUGCAAUCACAGUACCAUCAUUAUAUAGAGUCGUGGUACUAUUUUUUGGCGGAGCAGAUGAUCGCGAAGCUUUGUCAUAUGCAGAAAGAAUGUCCAAACAUCCUAGUGUGAAAAUGACAUUCAUACGUUUCACCAGAUCAGGUAAUGCAUUUGAAAAUGUUGUUGGUGGAUCGGAGAGAAGUAAGGUUCUUGAUUCACAAAUCUUGAAUGAAUUCAAUCUCCAAUACCUUCAUUCAGAACAAGUUUCUUAUCAAGAAGCAGAGGUGAAAAGAGGCGCGGACGUGUUAGAAGUUAUUAAAUCUUUGGGACGUUUUUAUGAUCUUGUUAUGGUUGGUAAACGUCACGUAGACUCACCAAUAUUGUUGCAAUUGACAAAGAGGACUGAUGAGGAUGGUGAAUUAGGUAUUGUAGGAGGCAUUCUUGUCGCCUCAGAUUUUGAAAGUGAGACUUCAGUUUUGGUGGUGCAGCAACAAACCAGAUUAUGGGGACUUCAUGAUCCUGAAGAGUCUACACAUUUGAGAAGGAUAAACUAAUUAUAGUUGUAUAGACGUAUGUCGCUCUGACUCAUCAAAAAUGUCAAUGGAUGUGUGUUACAUCCUGAAGAGUCUACACAUUUGAGAAGGAUAAACUAAUUAUUGUAGUUGUAUAGACAUGUUGCUCUGACUCAUCAAAAAUAUCAACGGGUACGUGUUAGA